GAGCAACCGGGAGUUUGUGGCGGUCAUGAAAAAUCGUCUACUGCGCGGCCUAGAGAAACCCAAGGAUACCGGGUUUGUCAAACUAAUGCAUUCGAUUCUCAAAUGUGCCAAAGAUACUAAACCUGUGUUGCUGGAUUUGAGUUCUACCGAACGUUUGUCAACCUAGAACGAAAUGCUUCCCGAGACGCUUGUGUUCGGAAUAGCGCUACUGAUCACGGGCGUGAUUUUGUUUCUGCUCAUCUACUUUGUAAUAAUCCUUUCCGAUCUGGAGUGUGACUAUCUGAAUGCGCAGCAGUGCUGUUCCAAGCUGAAUUUUUGGGUUGUGCCGAAGCUAGCGGCUCACUGCUUUUUGGCGUUUAUUUUGCUGAUGAACGGCAGCUGGAUGCUGCUCAUAGCCAACCUGCCGAUGAUCGGAUGGCAAAUCUACGAUCUCGUUAAGGUGCCUUCGGGCAAUUUGGGAAUCUUCGAUCCGGCCGAAAUUCACAACCGUGGCAUGGUGAAGAAGCACAUGCGGGACACGAUGAUAGGGUUGGGAUUUUACAUGAUAAUUUUCUUCGUGUAUCUUUACUGUAUGAUUAAUGCGAUGCUGAAAGGUGACCCCAUUAGACGACAUGAAGAAGAAGAAAUUAUUACAGAAUUCUAGCCUAUGAUAAAUAAGUUGGGUACGAUGACUCGACAGCGAUUCAGAAUGUAGUCGUACGCAGAUCUUUCUAAUAGAAUCAUCAUUUUUCAUGUUUCAUUUCUCAUAACAUUGAAUAUUAUGUCUUCUCCCGUAUUUGUAUUAUAUGAUGCUAAACCAAGAAACCUAACCAAACCAAAGUGACAUGAAUAAAAAUGUUUUUAGAGAAUAAUUGUCAUUUUAUCAAUUCAUA